GCACGGAAUGAAAAUUAGUAGUGCGUGCAUGGAGUGUGUCCAAGCGAGUGUGGCUCACAUUGUUUCACAUUGCAAGGCACAAAACGCGUAGAACGCACAUGGCUCGCAUGGCUGCUUGAUUCGUUUGAUUGAAUUCUCCCAUCCAGCCAACGUCAUCCGCCCAACGUUCCAAAACCAUCCCAAUUAAAGCCCACCUAUUCCCGCCAUCAUGUUAGGGUGUUGCACCAGGAGCGUCUUGCGGCUGAGGCAGACUCAGCUUCGCCUGGCCGGUCUGCGUUGUGGAUAUGCCUCGCAACCGCCCCCGCCCAUCCAUCGGGUGCCCUUAUCCGAGCCGCUGUCCACCGCGGCCCAUCCCACCGUGCUCGAGUCCCACCCUUUCAUAUCACCGACUGGGAGUGAUGGGCGGGCUGAGCCAGGUCGGGUCAGCACGUUGUCCAAUGGGAUUCGGGUGGCCUCACAACCGCAUUAUGGACAGUUUUGCACGGUGGGCGUGUGCAUUGACUCCGGGUCGCGAUACGAGGUGGCGUAUCCCAGUGGGAUCUCACACUUCCUCGAGAAAUUGGCCUUUGCCUCCACGCAAAAGUUCCAAAGCAACGAUGAGAUUCAAAGCCGGCUGGAGAAAUUUGGCGGCAUCUGCGAUUGCCAGUCUACGCGCGAUACCUUCUUGUAUGCCGCCUCGAUUGAUCGCCGCGGUCUGGAGACCAUGGUCGAGAUUUUGGGAGACGUGGUUUUGCGCCCGAAUAUCACGGAAGAGGAGCUUCAAUUCACGCGCAUGGCUGUUCAAUACGAGGUAGAAGACGCUCAAAUGCGGCCGGAUCAGGAGCCGCUCAUGCUUGAGGCCAUUCACUCGGCUGCUUUUUCAAACAAUACUUUGGGUCUACCCAAAAUGUGUCCGCCCGAAAAUACGGCGGGCAUCAGCCGCUCUAUCCUCAUGAAAUAUCUUAGUACAUACCACGUGCCGAGCCGUAUGGUGGUGGCUGGGGUGGGCGUGGAACACGACCAAUUAGUCAGAUACGUUGAGGACCACUUUGUGAACUCUCCGCCUGUAUACGAGUUGUCCAAAGCCCAUGCGGAUCAGUCCUUGGCCCAAUACACCGGUGGGUUAGUCAGCAUCGAAAAAGAUCUCUCAAACGUGUCCCUGGGACCCACUCCCAUGCCGGAUUUGGUCCAUUUGACCAUCGGGUUGGAGAGCGUGUCCCAUCAGCAUCCGAACUUUAUCGCCUUUUGCGUGCUAAACAUGAUGAUGGGCGGGGGCGGAUCGUUUUCGGCCGGUGGUCCUGGCAAGGGCAUGUACACCCGACUGUACACGCAAGUGCUGAAUCGGUACCACUGGAUGUACUCGGCUACGGCGUUCAAUCACGCUUACGGGGAUAGCGGCCUCUUCUGCAUUACCGCCUCAGCCCCACCUCAAAACUUAGGGGACAUGACCCAGGUGAUAACGCACGAGAUGGCUAAGCUCACCGGUCACAUCGGCAACGAGGAGUUCAAUCGAGCCAAAACCCAAUUGAAGUCCAUGUUGCUGAUGAAUCUGGAAUCCCGACCGGUCAUUUUCGAGGACGUAGCCCGGCAAGUCUUGGCCCAAGGAGAGCGCAGAGACCCGCGUGAGUACAUCGAGCUCAUCGAUCAAAUCCAGCCCGCCGAUAUCAAUCAGAUAGCGAACAAAAUGCUGGCCUCUCAGCCCUCAGUGGCCGUGAUUGGCAAUCUACAAAACAUGCCUUCUCUCAAAGAUAUUGAAUUGUCCCUCAUCGACAAGAUGCCAUCGCCUUCCAAACGCUCGUUCUUCCGCUAACCCCUGACUUGUCAUCAGGGACCCAGAACAUUGUCAUUGCCUUUUCAUGAUUGAUCAUUGAUCACACCCAAGAAUAAAGCGAACCUUCAUUCUCAA